GUCAGGGAAUUCAAAUAGAAGAGUAUCGCUCUGUGUGGUGUCUGUGUGUGUGUGUGUGUGUGUGUGUGAGAGAGAGAGAGAGAGAGAGAGAGAGAGAUGCCGAAGAACGAAGCCGGAGCAAGAUCAUGGAGGAAGCCGUUGAGGGACGUGUCGAACGGUGGGAAAUCCUCGAAACCGCUGAAGAAGAAAGUCUCUGAGACCGAAGGCCGAACUGAAGACGACGUUCUCGAUCGCCUUCUUCUUGUUCAGUCCGAUAUCUCCACUCUCCUCCAUCAGAUUGAUGAACUUGUUGUGCAAACAUUUAAACUUAAGCCAACGAGCAGGCAGGGAAGAAAAGAAAUUGAGUCUUUUACAGACGUCCUAUCUGAAAUGCUUUGCUCUUUAAAGCCCUGGGUUCCCAGAUUCCAGAAAGCACUUUCUAGUCCUUCCAUGAGGGCUAAGGAUCAGUUGGAACAGAUAUUGGCAAGUAAACCUCCGCCUGCUGUAAAUGAAAAUGCCAGAAAUGUAGCUGACAGUCCACAACAAACUGAGUUGGAUUCAUUAAUUUCUCCCUCACCUCUUGUGUCUUGGCGUGCUGACUGCACUAUUGAGAGAGGCAGACAACUCUUUCUGCUCACGCCUCUGCCUAUGUCAAAAGCAUUGUCAUCCAGGAAGCAGCGCUCAAAAUCGAUAUUUGAAAGGAUCGCUUCUAAUGCUGAUGCCGAGCUACCAUCAUUUUGUAUUGUUUCUGAAGAUGUUGAUGAUGGUUUUCUUGAGGGUGUAGCAGUAAAGUCAACACCAAACAAACUUCAUGAAUCCAGUGCAGCUGAAGUGGUAAACAAUUCUGAAUGUGGAUUUACUUCUCCGCCGAGGUCUUCAAAAAAAGACUGCUCUUUUCUUGUAAUGACUCCUUGCCUUAAAAUUUCACCUCCUAAGUCUUGUGUGUUGCUUGAACCCAUCUCUGAGUCCUCUCUCCCCGACAAUGACAACGUCCAUAAGUCAGAAAUGUCUGAUUCCUCUGGCAGUCAGGUUUCCAAGAGUUUGGCCUUAAAGUAUCCUGAGCUCUUUGGAAUACAACCGACUCAUAAAUUGGGAAUCAGAAAGAAAGAGGUAGAAGCAUCGCCUGAUUGGUUUAUGUCACCACUGAAAACUUGUGUGCUUAUGGAGCCACCAGAUGAGAAGCCCCUGAAAAAUGCUGCUGCCUGCUUUCCCAGGACUACUCCGGCCCUCAAAAACCAAAUAGACUUUUCUUCGGUACUAGGGAAUGAUGUUCAAAGCUCUCGUCAUUUAAGGAACAAAAAUUUUAGUCAGGAACUUGGUGAUACCUCAUAUCUAAUAGGAAGCACUCCCAUGGGGGAACCUGAAAGCUCAAUCCAAAUAGGGAAGCAUCCUGGUGAGACUACUCUAAAGAAGGAGUUAUGGAAAAAGUUUGAAGCCGCCUCUACCAAUGGGCUUCAUUUUAGCAUCUCUGUGCAACAGACUGCCCAAGGAGGAUUUCUAGAUAGGCUGGAUGAGGUUUCCUGUGAUGAGACAAGUUCAGAGGGUCUGAGAUAACAGACUUUGCUCUUGAUGUUAAAGAUUGUGAUAUGUAUGUAAAUGAGGGUGUAUAUUCACAUGUGUUAAGAGGCUCAAUGAGCAUUUGUUUACUGCAGUUUUCUGCUGCACUUGUAUUGCAUUAGAACGCAUGUACUUUGGCCCAGCAAAAGUUAAAAGAGAUUACUUCUUUUUU